AUGGAGACACGCAGGACUGUGAGGAGCUCCAGAACAGCCCACAACUUCAAGAGUGGACUAUCUCUCUGGCUGAUCCUGUGGCUGGUGGUGGUGAAGCCCAGCAAUGUGGCUGCAUGCCCCAGGCUUUGUGUGUGUUACCCUAAGCCCAUGACGGUCAGCUGCCAGUCCCAGAACCUCACCAUCGUUCCGGCCGACGUGCCCUAUGACUCACAACGUGUGUUCCUGCAAAACAAUCACAUCGCAGAGCUCCGUGCAGAUUCUUUUGGCUUUGAAACACAGGUGCUUUGGCUUUAUGGCAAUAACAUCACAUGGAUUGAGGGCGGGGCCUUUAGUAACCUCAGGGUGCUGGAGGAGUUGGACAUGGGUGACAACCCCACACUGAGGCGCUUAGAAGGUGGAGCUUUCAGGGGGCUGGAGAAGCUGCAGAGUCUGCACAUGCACCGAUGCAAGCUUGCCAUGUUACCCCACGAUCUCUUCUACAAGUUGUAUAGCCUGCAGUUUCUCUAUUUGCAGGAAAAUCAACUCCACUUUCUGCAGGAUGGCCUGUUCUCAGAUCUGGUCAAUCUCACCCACCUAUUCCUCCAUGGCAACCGCAUCCGGGUCCUCUCUGAAAAUGUGUUCCGAGGCUUGGUCAAUCUGGACCGCCUCCUUCUCCAUGAUAAUCGAAUCAGGCAGGUCAACCGUCGUGCUUUCCGUGACCUGGGUCGCCUCUCCAUUCUUUACCUGUUCAACAACUCCCUUGCUGAGCUCCCAGGCCAAGCUAUGAAAGACACCAAGGGCAUUAACUUCCUCCGUCUCAAUGGUAAUCCUUGGUCCUGCGGUUGUGAGGCCCGUACCUUGUGGGAGUGGUUCCGCGAAGUCCGCAUUUCCUCCUCUGAGCUGAUAUGCUCAUCGCCAUCCCAGCAUCGCGGGCAAGAUCUAAGAUUCCUCCGGGAGCUGGACUUCACCCUCUGCCCUAUGCCUGACCCCGGCUCGCUGUCUGGAACCACCACAACCACCUUUAGCACCAAGACCCGCUGGUGGUUCUCCAAGCACAAGCCUGCAUCUUCCUCCAAGGUCAAGAACCAGAAGACAACAGAGACAGUGAAGGCAUUCCCUGUAGGAAAGCCAAAGUAUUUCCCCAAAACCAAUUUUGACUUGUUUCCUCCCAAGUAUGAACUAUCAGAUGACGAAGUGGCUCUCCCUAAGCUCAACCCAGAAGAGUACUGGGCCGACUAUGGGAACGAAGAUGCUGGCAUCCGCUGCUUUGAGCCCGAGUGCUCCCCAAACUACGGUAAUCCAUCUUUUGCAUCCUCAUUCUCGUCCUUUGCCACCAGUCUGGUCAUCCUCCACCCCCUCUCCUUCUGCCUCGUCACUUUCUCCCUCCAUUUACUUUUUGGCUGA